AUGGGCACCCCACGCAUCAUCAACGCCAUUAAACAGGACCAUCGUGAGAUCGAGUCUUACUAUGACCGCAUCACAAAGUCAAACGAUAAGAACGAGCAGACUCAGUACCAGAAUUUGUUCACAUGGGAACUUGCCAGACAUUCUAUUGGCGAGGAGUUGGUUGUUUAUCCGGCGUUUGAGAAACAUAUCAAAGAUGGUGUUGCUCUUGCGGAUAAGGAUCGGAAGGAACAUCAAUCCGUAAAAGAACAGCUCAAAAAGUUCCAAAACCUCAAACCCACCGACCCAACCUUCCUCCCGACAAUCCAAUCCCUAAUGAAAGACCUCUCCCAGCACAUCCACGAAGAAGAAACUUCCGACCUGCCCCAACUCGAAGCCGCGCUGUCCGAUGAAGACAGCCGCAGUAUGAGCAAGACGUUCGGACGGACGAAGAUGUUUGUGCCGUCGCGGAGCCAUCCAAGUGCGCCGAGUAAGCCGCCCUAUGAAACGGCGGUAGGGCUCAUGACGGCGCCGAUUGAUCAUUUGGCAGAUAUGUUUCGGCAGUGGCCGGAUACGGCGACGAUGCCGAAUCCUAGUACUAAGUGA